AUGAAGUGUAAUAUCGAUGAACAUAAUAACACCAUCACUUAUUAAAUCAAAAUGAUUUAUGACUAAUAGGCUAUUAAUAGUAGGAUUAGUAUUUCAAUCUUAUUACCAUACUAAAACAUUUGGUUUCUUACUAUCAAUAUAAUCAAAAAGAAACCCUAAAUACAUGGAAAGUGCUAAAUUAAAAAUGAAUCAUAUUAUUAAUUAGUCUAUUUUUCAUAUUUUGAUUAGAGAAUAUAUUUGAUUUUUAAAUGUAUUUAUCAGUUAAAUAAAUUAAUUCAAAAAAAUUAAAGUGAGAAAGAAAAUAUAGAAAACAAAAAAAAAGUAUACUAGAACCUUGGAUUGAUAAUGAAGAUUGUUAAUUAGAUGAAUUUUAUGGCCCUCAUAAAUAAACUAAUAUUGCUUCCAAAUUAACAGGAAGAAUAGAAAAAUAAUGCAGAGAAAGGUAAUAAUCUUAUUAGAUAUUAUGAUUAGAUGGCAUAAUCAUUUGAAUCCACUAAUUAACAAAUAACCUUAGGAUCCUGAUGAAGAAUGAAUUUUAUUUCAAUAUCAAAACGCAAUUAGUAAUAAAUGGACAG